AUGCUUAUGUUUGCUGGGUAUCUCUGCACGUCGUUCAUAUCUGAGUCUAUCCUGAACUCAAUAUAUCAGGAUAAUCCCGACACGAUCAGUCAAUUUGCAGGUUAUUAUGGAGGGGCUAUACAGUUUGGAGCAUUGGCCGUGUCGAGUAUUGUUACACCUUCCGUUGUCCACUUUCUCACAUCAAAAUGGUCGCUUGUACUGAGCAGCUUCUUAUUCGCUCUUUAUUAUGUAGGAUUUGCCAAAGUUACGUGGUGGUAUUUUUACCUCUCACAAACAUUCGUCGGUUUCGGCUAUGCACUGUACAAUAAUUGCGAAGGGGCUUACCUUUCGGAACACUCUACAUGGGCCACAAUUGAACCGAACACUGCAAUAGAAAUUGCUAUUGGACAUCAAUGCAUGCUUGUUGGAGGCCUUGUGCUUCUUGUAGUUUUUCUUAUCGCUGGUGGUGGAAUUCCCCAAAGUUUUGGAGAUAUCAGCUACCUCCAUUUUUCAGAAAACAAAAUACGCCUGCUUUACGGCUCUUACCUUGGAGUAUCUCUGCUGUCUAUACUGAUUUUCACCUUCCUUCCAACAAAGCAGUAUAAUAGUAUUGCUUCGACUGCACAGAGAAAGGCCUGGUCAUUUGUCGGGCAACUUAGUGAGUCCUCUCAUCGUUUCAUGGCAGAUUCAUGA